CUUUCUCUUUAUAUUUUAAUUUAUUAAAUAUGUCAGAACAUGACCAUGACAGUGGAAUGGGACACAGUCAUAAUCUCGAUCCUUCACUGUUUGAUGAGAGUGCAGCAACAAAUGAACCUAUUGGUUUAAUCAUGACACUUCAUAUUGCAUUUAUGGUGACAUCGUUUGGCAUAUUAUACCCUUUAGGCAUGGUCUUGGGAUUAGCUAAAAAUAAAUGGCAUGUACCAACACAGGUUUUAGCAUCGACUUUAUUCGUCAUUGGUUAUUUUCUAGCUCAUGCACACAAUGGCAGAAACUAUGAGCCACAUAUAGCUCAUCGAUGGUUUGCUGAUAUCGUCAUCUGGACAGUACUCAUUCAAUUCGGACUGGGUGUCUAUCUAAAGCUUCAUUUAGAGAAAAGCAUUCAUGGUAGGAUACGACCUGCACUUGUCAAGAUUCAUAAAAUCACUGGAGCAGCUAUUCCAGUCAUUGGCUAUGUUCAGAUCGUGCUUGGUGUGAUAGCCUCACUUGGUUUCUGUUAUGGAGAUCAUACAGGCCAAUGCUUGGCUCACUUCAUCAUGGGCUCAUCUUUUGUUGGCUAUGGUAUCUUGCUAUUGUUAUCUUUGCGUGUAGGCGGGCCAUGGUUGUUACGCAGAGGACAGAGUCAAGAAUGGUAUGAUAGCUGGGUCAUUAUGCUUUGGGGUAUUGUCAACACUUUCACAGAACACAGAUGGGGACAGCCUUGGAAUCAUGGAGACUAUCAGCAUACAUCUAUGGGUAUCAUCUGGUGGGCUGCAGGAUUGGUAGGCAUCGUACUAAGUCGUAACGGGAAACGAUCUGUUAUACCUUCUGUGUUGAUCAUCUUGACUGCAGUUUCUUUCCAAGGACAUGCUCAACAUGUCGCCAACAGUGGUGCUAUUCAUUCGUAUUUUGGAUACAUGCUCAUGGCUGGUGGGUUAAGCCGUAUUAUUGAAAUUUGCUUUAUCUGGAAAGAAGGACAAUAUGACACCAUAUCGCCCUGGCAAUAUCUUCCACCUCUAACAUUGAUACUGUCUGGUCUAUUAUUUAUGGGAUCAACAGAAGAACAACUCGGGCUACUCGCAUAUAUGGGCAUAGAUAUUAGCUCAUAUAUGAACGUCUUGCUUUCAUUUGGACUUGUUGUUUUCUUAUUUGCCUUUUGUUUAAUUUAUCUUUGGGAAAAGUUGACACAUUAUCCAAACCAUAACAAUGAGGGAUACACAGAAGUGGAUAGUGAAAACACAAUAUUGGAUGCUUCUAGUGCGUUUCUUGAAGAUGAUGACGAUCAAGAUGAAGAUGCAGUGGAACUUAAGCCAACACAUAGAAAUAAUAACCGUUAUGAAUAAAGUAGUAUUUUUUAUUCUACAAGGACAUCUGUUACUAAUCGUCCGAAAUAUGUCUGAAUAAUUUCCGAAAAGGUACGACUUUAUUAAUUUAUUAUUGAUGGG